GGCUGCGUUUCUUAUCCAAACGUCUGGAGCUUGGAAAUAAACCUUUAAAUCCGCCAUUUUCACUCACGUUUACUGCAAACCGGUCUGUUUCCUCCGCCGCUAAAUGAUAGCCGAUGUGUUGUGGUGCUUUUGGAAAAAUGGAUCGACUCCUGCUUUGAGGGAUGAAAGAUCAUUUUUCUUUUUAACCCUUUCCGCUCCGUGAUCAGCGAACAAUCGAGCAGAAGAUGAUGCGCCAGGUGGCAAGCAGCGACUUCUGCAUGAGCAGCAGGCCGUCCUGCCUCGCCGAGGACAGCCACCACCCCGCCAGCCACUUCGACCUCUGCACCUCCCAGUCGAACAAGUUCUACCCUCCUCCUCCUCCGUCCCUUCAGAUGACGCUGGCUCCCAUGCCCUUACCCUCUCAGAGCCCCCACAAACCCAUGGCUUGCCAGAGACCGGAUGUGCUCGUAGGCGACCCCUGCUCACCCAGAAGUUUACCAGGGAUCAAAAGCACCGAUCAGCCGCCGGACGACUCCAAGAAGAAGAAGGUUGUGGGGAAGACGGGGAGACGCGGGAGGCCGGCGGGUACCACCAAGCUGGCUGGAUACAGGACCAGCACGGGACGACCUCUCGGCACCACCAGGGCUGCCGGGUUCAAGACCAGCCCUGGACGGCCGCUGGGAACGACCAAGGCAGCGGGGUACAAGGUCAGCCCCGGAAGGCCUCCCGGCAGUAUCAAGGGCCUCUCUCGCCUCAACAAACUGGCUUAUGGUACCUGCAGCGCGGCGGCUUUUCCCUACCCCCUCCCACACAAAGAGAUCCUCUGUGAACCUUCCUGCAAAGAGAAGGCAGCUAAUGAGUAAAUUUCCUACUGCGUUUGCUUCGUACUCACCCUCCGUCGGUGGAAUGAGAGACGCGUGUGUUCAGGUCUCCGUCAGAUAUCAGGUGUCCCAGUCUGCUGUGAGGAUGAGAAGAGGAAAUAAGGAUUUUCUACUAUUGGUGUCAGUGUCAUCUGUGUGCAGCCUCCCACCUGACAUUGUACUGUGAGAUUUUCACUGCUGCUGUUGGAGAUCUAUAGUGUAUUAAGGGUUUCACUACAAAAUCUGUUUCACUGAAAGAAAAAAAAUGAUACCAGACAUCCAUUGCUCAACAUCUGAAAAGUACAACUGAUUAUGUCACUAUUUUGUGGCCAGAGGUUUUUAGCUGAAUUAUUAUAACCUCAAUAAUAUUCCACAGUAAGUUUAAAUUUUAAAGGUGCAACAUGUGGCAUUUUGACAUCAAUGAAUCAUUGCCAUAUUUAAUUCUGAAAAAUCAGAAUAGUUGUUGUAAACCAACAAAAGCAUCACAGAGAGGAUUAGCCGACUCUACCGGCUGCAUUUUUAAUUGUGUGCCGCCGGGUCUCAGAAAAUCUGCCGGGGUGCCUCACAGCACAAAACAGGAACUGACU